AUGGUCCAACAACACAAUGCAUCUAUUUUACCCCAAAAGCAUGGAAAACUCGAAGUUAGUACUCGUCCCACUCCAACCCCACAAGGGACGCAAGCACUCGUGAAGGUUACUGCCGCUGCUAUCAAUUCCAUAGACUGGAAGAUUGUUGACUAUGGUGUCUUUAUCGAGAAAUUUCCGGCCGUCCUGGGAUUCGACGGCGCCGGUGUCAUUCACGCUGUUGGCCCAAAUGUAACCAACUUCAUGACUGGAGAUAGAGUGCUUUUCCAGGGAGGAUUUAGAGCCGAUUACGCGUCUUACCAGGAAUAUGCACUUGUCGAGACGGACAUCAUUGCCAAGAUCCCAGAUAAGAUCAAUGACGACCAGGCAUCGACAGUUCCUGUGUGCGCCUUCACUGCUUAUCUUAGUUUAUUCCAGAGAACAGGUAUCACUGCUCCAUUGAACGGGCCGACUGCUAUUGAAAAACCGGUGCUGAUUUUGGGAGGGAGCUCGUCGGUCGGGCAGUUUGCCAUUCAACUUGCACGCGUCGCCGGCUUCUCCCCGAUUGUUACCACCGCAUCUUCUCAACAUACCGAGCUCCUCAAAUCGCUUGGUGCUACUCAUGUUUUCGAUCGCGAUGCUGACGUCCAAACUAUUCAGUCGGCUUUUGGAGCCCCUAUUGGUCUUGCUGUUGACACCAUUUCUAACGACUCUACUCAAUCACUUGCAUUCGACAUCUUAACCACCCCUUCCCCUGCCCUAGGCGCUCGUCUCAAUAUUGUAACCCCUCAAACAGACACUUUAAAGGAGAAGAACAAAGGAGACGUAAUUGUCGUAGAACAAGUAUAUGGAAGCUCCGAAAUGUUCAAGGAUAUGAGUGUUCCAUUCUGGAAAAAGGUCGGUCGGUGGAUCGAAGGAGGGGAGCUGGUCCCCAAUCGAGUCCAACUCGUGGACGGUGGUCUGGCUGGAAUACCGGAAGCUUUGAGUUUGUCUCGAAAGGGCAUCAGCGGUGUGAAGUUGGUUGUUCAUCCACAAAUGUAG